CAAAUUUUUAGUCUGUAAAUUUGGUGAAAAAUUUCGAAUUGUCAUCGUCCGGCAAACAAUAAUUUUAAGUUUCCUAACUUUUUCUAAACUGAAUAAAAUAUAGUUCUAUAAGAAGUGCCAGUUGCAGUAAAUAUUAAUUAUGGCUCGUCGUUAUGAUACUCGCACUACUAUAUUUUCGCCGGAAGGGCGCCUUUACCAGGUUGAGUAUGCUAUGGAAGCUAUCAGUCAUGCUGGAACUUCUCUUGGCAUCCUAGCUACUGAUGGUAUCCUCUUAGCAGCAGAGAGAAGAAAUACUAACAAACUUCUUGAUGAAGUAUUCUUUUCUGAAAAGAUCUAUAAGCUUAAUGAAGAUAUGGUGUGUUCAGUUGCUGGUAUAACAUCUGAUGCAAAUGUGUUGACAAAUGAGCUAAGACUGAUAGCUCAAAGAUAUCUACUACAGUAUGGUGAAUCUAUUCCCUGCGAACAACUAGUAUCAUGGCUUUGUGAUGUAAAACAAGCAUACACUCAAUAUGGAGGUAAAAGACCAUUUGGUGUAUCUAUUCUAUACAUGGGUUGGGAUAAGCAUUAUGGCUAUCAGUUAUAUCAGUCAGACCCCAGUGGUAACUAUGGUGGCUGGAAAGCAACAUGUAUAGGCAACAACAGUGCUGCUGCUGUGUCAAGUCUUAAACAAGAGUACAAGGAGAAUGAAACAACCCUUGCCGAAGCUCAAGCACUUGCUGUCAAAGUCCUAAGCAAAACACUUGAUAUGACAAAAUUGACACCUGAAAAAGUUGAAAUGGCCACUCUCACACGUAAAGAUGACAAAACCAUAAUCAGAAUUUUAUCAAGCACUGAAGUGGAAAAACUUAUUUCCAAUUUUGAAAAGAGCGAAGCUGAGGCUGAAGCUGCGAAGAAGCAAGCCCCAAAAUCAUAAUUUUUUUAAUUACAUUUGUCUCAAUAAAUAUUUUUAAAACAUA